AUGAAAAACAUACCAACUAUAGUUAGAAAUCUCGGGACAAUUAACAUCAAGAACCGUGUGGGAUUUUCUUCUGUUCCAGACCAAGUAAGGGAAAGUUCGAUGGCUAGGGGAUUUGAGCUAAAUGUAUUGGCUGUUGGAAGAAGAGGACUUGGCACAUCCACACUAAUCAACUCGAUAUUUGCUGCGCCUUUGGUUGAUAAGAAAAGGCCGAACACAAUCACAGUAACAAGAAACGAGAUUGUUGAAAACGAUAUUUCUUUAGACAUCUCUAUUGUGACAUACCACGAGCUAGACAUAAGCCCAGUCCUAGAUUACAUAAAUGCCAUGAACAGAGAAUAUUUUGACAAUGAGCAAGGCCUCUACAAAACAUUUAAGGACAACAGAAUCCAUGUCUGUCUUUAUCUUCUUCCAUCCGACACGCUUACAGACCAAGAGAUAAAAAACAUGUACGAGCUUUCUCAGUGCUGUAAUCUCGUACCAAUAAUACCAAAGGCGGACAUGUACACUCCUGACGAGUUGGCUUGCGUUAAGGAGUCUGUAAAGCAAAUCUUAUCAGAAAACAACAUAUUUUUCUUUGUACCAUACUUCAACGAGAACGAUGGAGAUCUCACGGAAGAGAUUACAGACAUAGUUGAAAACAUGCCUUUUGCAGUAAUUGCAAGCGAAACCAUGUAUGAACACGGGGGAGAGAUUGUACGAGGAAGAAAAUAUAUUUGGGGAUUCAUUAAUAUAGAUCUUGAGGAGAGUAAUGACUUUAAGAGACUCCAACGCCUUCUUAUAUAUACAAAUCUUGACGAGCUAGUAACAAAGACAAACCACAUGUUCUACAAUACCUAUAGGAAGAAGAUUUUCGACAUUGAAAAAGACUGUGGAGCAAUGAAAGAAGCUAGAUAUCUCAAGCUCAGGACCGAAACCAUAAGGAUCCUCAACGAUAAGUAUGAGAGCAGGAUAAAAGCUCUAAGGGAGGAAGAAAUAGAGAUGGAAAGAUUUUAUAAUGAAAAGCUAAGUGAAGGAGGCCAUGAGAUAAAUGAUCUCGGCAAGCAGGUAGAAAAAUCCCUCCAGGUAGAAUAG